CUCUCUAUAUAUAUCCACACUACCACUUUAUACAACUCUCAAAACGCCAUUUAUCGAUUCCUCCCGCCCCAUAACACCCACCAACCCACGAGCUCAGUCCCCAUCCUGGCCUACUACCCCUACAUUUGCCCCGCCAGCUCCAGGCCCCCCCAUACAAAGUGGGAAAACUGGCACGAAAAAAGGAACAAACCCUCCCAAUCUCGUUUCCCCGUUACCCGAUCCCGCUGUCUCUCAAUGCCUCAUCUUCUCCCUCUGCCCUCGCCGUUGUCGUCCUUACCCUAACCACAGCCUUCGGCCUCAAUACACUCGCUUUAAAUAUCGUCACUCGUUUGAGAAUAUCGUAUCUAUCCUAGCCUCACAGUACCUAUCCGUUUCGAACUCCCCACGCCGCGUUUCGCGCAAACACCCGUUCUAAGACAUUCCGCGACGAUCACUUGUUCCAGACCACGACUCGUUUGCCCAAACACCACCUCGAAACAAAAGGAACCAAAAAAAGCUAUCCAGAGCUCCUGACAAGCUCAGGCUCAGUCCGGCCUCACGGCCACAAAACAUCCUCUUCCUCCCCGCCACAGAGGAAGACGACACCAUACCCGCGCCUCACCUACGGCACCGUGUCGUGCAUCGCACCCAGACAGAUGCCCUCUCCAAAACCAUAGGCGGACCACGACAUGCCCACGCGCUCUGCGCUCCUAAGCAUGCCCUCGCCAUCCCCCGUCCCGCUGCGCAGGCGCUCCGCGUACCUCCCGCGCUCUCUCACCUCGCUCGUCCUCCUCGCGGUGUGUUUAACAUUCACGCUCGCGCUUGCGGCGAGGCCGCCGACUAUACCGGAUACGCUUGUCCCGCCUGCGGAUCUGAGCGCUGGCAUUGCGGCGGAGCUGAGGAAGUUGGAGGAGAAGGGGAUUGUGUUGCUUGAUACGAGACCGCCGCCGAGGGUGGGUGGUGGUUGGGAUUUGGCUUCGUAUUCUGGUGACCUCCUGAGGAGGGGGUUUGUUGAUCUCGUGCUGAGGAAGGAGGAUGAGGAUGAAUCUACCACCACUACUGCGCCUUCCAAGACCUCCACGAAGAGCUCCACCACCACCACCGCCGGCGAUAGCGACAGCGUGGCAACCGCCGAGCCAACAAGCACAACCGCCGAGCUCCCAAAGCCAUUCGACAGCAAUAUCGGCGCCAACUUCGCAGCAGAAGAAUGUCCCGUCUUCAUAGCCAGUUUCCUCGCCAACCCCGAAUUCCAGUCCUGCUACCCUGUCUCCCUUCUUCUCGAGUCCUCCCAAGCUUUCUUCCAAACCCUCCGCUCCCCCUUCCUCACCACCGCCCUCCUCGACCACUCCUGCGCCGCCCCUGCAUCAUGCGCCCCGUACCUCUCCUCCCUAGCCGCGACCCUAAACAGCACCUGCGCCCUCGACCUCUCCCGCUCCAACCCCACCGCCACCAUGGCCCUAACCGGGCUCCUCGCCUACCCCUCUCUCCGCACCGCUACCUGUCUCAAGUCCCCUACCGGAUCCUACUGUUUCGCCGACGCGAUUACGAAUUCCACCUCUGACGAGGACGCGUAUGUGUACUACCUGGGCGUGGGGAAUGAGUUACCAAGUACGACGAAGAUGACGUGUAAUAAGUGCCUGAAGGAUGUGGUGGGGGUUUUUGGGGCGGCGGCCGCGAAUAGGACGGCGCCGGUGGCGGCGGUGUAUGCGGAGGGGGCGGCGGUGGUUAAUGGGGUUUGUGGGAGCGGGUGGGUUAAUGAGACGAUGCCUAAUGCUUUGACUGGUGCUGCUGGAGCCCUGGGGGGUAGUGGGAUUACUGGCGUGGUUGUUGCGUCGCUGGUGGGGGUGAUGAUGCUCGUGAUGUGAGGGUUUAGUCGGUGGAAUACAUAUUAGAAUGGGAUGGAUCUUAUUAUAUAUAGUCAGGCAGGCGUUUUUGGGUUAGCAGCCGGGCGCUGGGGUGGGUUUUGGGUUCAGCGGGUGCCUGGGUUUGGGUUAUAUAUUGGCUUUUUUGGUGGAGGAAGGUGCGAUCGAGGUGUGGGGGGAGAAAUAGAAAGGGAAGGAGGGAAGAAAGGGGAUUUUUGUAUAUACCUUCACCAUGAAGAGGAAAUGGAUAACACAUAUAUAUACU